AAAAGGGUGCCCAGGGUCAAUCUCAGCAAGGCCAAGUCAUUUCUCCGCGUGGAGCUGGAUUUCCAUCGGAUGUCGUUGGCGAUGGCACUGCUACAAUAGUUCAGCAAACCAUUGUCGGAUCCCCUGUUGGACAACCGCAGGAUCCGAAUGGUACACCCGGUGCACAGCAGAUGAAGAAUCAAACAAAAACUGCCCUGGCAAAUAUGCUCAGCAAUCGACUAGGAUCGAAUGGCAGUGUCGUUCCCAAUCUUCCAGAGGGAGCUUCUGCAGCUGAACCUUCCGCCGCUGGAACAUUACGUAUGAUGACAGCUCAACAUAAUGCCGCUUUACAACAAACAAUGACCCCUCGGUCUCCUCAGGAAUUAAUCGUACUUCAACAACAGCAACAACGUCGCAGUCUUGGCAAUAUCACCAACGCCGGAGGAGCCCCGGUUGGCACUGUAGUCAACCAAAUUGUUCAGCAGGUUCCACCGGGAACACCAGGUAUUCCGCAAUCGCCCUCAACCAUGAAAAGUGCCCCUCCAUUCAGUCCUGGACGUGCUCCUCUCCCACGACCCCAAUACUAUGGACACAAUCCUAACCUUAAGCUUCCGCCGGAAUUGUUCCUUCUCGGAUGCGUGUUCGUCAUCAUCGAGUACGAUGAAACGCAUAAAAACGAUAUUGAAGACUGGAAAACCAUCAUCAGAAAGCACGGUGGUGAAAUUGAACAAUACUACAGUCCCAAAGUAACCCACGUUCUCUGUCGAACUCAAAGACAUGGCGUUGUCAUGCAGGCCAUCCGUGACGCCAAACGAUGCAUCACUUCCUACUGGUUGAACGACAUAGUGCUUAAAAAGCAACUGCUUCCACCAUGGCAAGCGCUACAUCUUCCAACACCAUCCAUCUUUGGUAAUCAGAAACCAGCCCCGAAGCACAACAUGUCUAUCACUGGAUUCGAGGGCGACGAGCGUAUCCGUAUCAAACAGAUGAUUGAAGAAUCUGGAGCAAAAAUGACACCGUACUUCAGCAAGUCGAACACGGUGCUGGUUUGCAAGCGAAUCGACAACCAGAAGUACAAGUAUGCCAAAGAGUGGAACAUCCCGACGGUCAACACGGUGUGGUUAAGCGACAUCCUGCUCGGUAAUCUCAGCGCGAUGCAGCAGUGCGACGGGCCAAAAUAUCAACAGUUCAAUCUGAGCUGCUCGUUCCGGAUCGACUACAAUCUGGUGAUGCAUCUGAUGACUGCCUGGAAAGCUCCGAUUAACCUUACUCCAGAAUCACACGAACGUGUGAAGCGUAGCUUGUCGGAACCUCCACAGCCGGUGUCUGCGGCGAAGAAGAUUCGUACGCUUCCGCCGUUGGAACCGAUUCCCAGCGAGAUCAUCUGUCAGCGUCAACCAGAUGCCGAUAGCAUACCGAAAAUUUUGUUCUCUCAAAUUGAUAAUACGGAAGGACUUACCAGGGCCGUUAUUAGGACACUUGGUGGUCGUAUCGCUAACGGACCGGCGGAUGCCACGCAUCUGGUAAUGACACGAGUUGCUCGAACUGUCAAGCUCAUUACGGCGUUGACCAGUAUCCGGUAUCUGUUGUCCAGCAAGUGGAUUACCGAAAGUGCCAAUGCCGGUUAUUUCCUACCGGUCGACAACUACCGGUUGGAUGUUAAAGAACUGGACGACACCUUCAAAUGUGAACUCUAUAAAGUGCUUGAAUCGACCAACCGGAAUAAACUGUUCGAAGGAAAGAUUUUCUUUAUUACUCCCCAGGUGAAACCAUCCAUUAAGGAUGUAAAACAAAUGAUUGAACUGAGCGGUGGUGUGGUAGAAAAAAAUCCACGCUCUGUCAAAAAGAUCCGAGAAACGAACCUAGAUAAACCGGGAUGUUAUGUGAUCGUAAGCUGCCCGGAGGACCGCAUCUUUAUUCAGCCAUUCAUUCAGAAGAGCAAACACGGAGCGUGUCAGAUCUGCACAACCGAGUAUGUAAUGCAGUCCAUAUUGCAGCAGAAGCUAGCAAUCGAGCCACACAUCAUCAAAUGGGAACUGGUGUCGUAAGAUGUAAAUAGUUGGAAUCACAAGCAAUAGAUUGUGUUUGAGAAAUGUUUGAAAUGCUAUAGAAUAGUGAAGAGCCCAAUAAAAACAGUACUACCAUUGAAAAGGGGAGUUGAUCCCAGAGCAGCAUACUGCAAAAUCCAAAUUAUAUGAAGAUUAUUUAACCCAUAAAGCUACUAUAUCAUGGAGAUAUAUUUUCAAAGAAAAAAAAAAUAUGUAUAAGUCUGGAUUAGUGUGUACACACAGUCAGUAGAGAAGAUGGUCGAUACGUGAAAACCAUUGCCGUUAAGAUAAUUCUAAAUGAAGGUAAAAUAACAAUAUAGUAGAAAUCACGAGUGCAUUUUAUUCCUACCAUACGUAUAUUAAUAAACAAACCAGUAUAUACGAACACGAAAGAUACCGCAUAGCCAGGCAAAUGUGAAAACUAAAUAUACGGACACAAUGAACUAGUACGAUCGUUUAGUAUUACCUAUUUGAGAAAGUUCUUAUUGUAUGUUAAGGAAUGCAAACGUUAUUUUCGGUGUGACUGUUCUUUCACUACCGUUAUAA